CAUAGCCCAGAGGCACGCAUGCACGAGAAAGAAGCGCCAUGAAAAAGUGAAACAGCCACUUUCCCCCCUACUCCUCGUGGCGUGGCAGAAAGCUCUCGCGACUUCAAAGUUCAAACUCAUAGUCGCAUUGCACAUUUCUUAUUCGACGGAAAGUUGCAAAUUUCCAAUAGCACCCGCACCAACCACUCCUUACAUUCCCCAUGCGGCCAUGCCAUGCGGUGAACCGCCAAAACCUCCCACUUUAAAGUCCCAGACCCUCUCAAACACUCCUCUUCACUCUCCAGUCUCCACACUCUCCACUGUCCAGACUCCAAGGUGAAGAAGAGCCAACCUCACGAAACGCCAGCUCGCCAAGAAACCCAGUUGCUCCGCUCGGCCAUGAGGUGGGGGCUUAGAAGCAGCAAGCAACAGCAGAGGGAAUCCCUGCAACCACUUGAGCAAGAGCGCCAGCCAGAGAGCAAGGGCAAGAGCAAGGCGAUCUUCUCGUCCUUCUCGCCCUUGGCAUGGCUUGCGAAGCUCACGGCCAAGAACGGCGUGGCCGCUACCAAGGCCGUGCAUGCGACGCCCGCGGCAAAAAACGCCACCGCUCAGGCCGCCACCGCAUUCCCAUCUUGCUUCCACAAGCCCACGAGCCCCGGCACCGCGUCGGCGUCGCGGAGCAGCCUGGCCUCUUCGUCAUCAUCCGCCGCCGAGGCAGAGGCAGCAGCUGGCAUUAUCCCGCCGCGUCGCGACGACGCUACGGGGGACACGGUGGCAGGCAUCGCCCCGCGGCGCCGCUCGGUGGGCAACGACGACACCUGCAGCAGGACCGAGGCCGCGACCGCGCGGCAGCAGCUGUACCACCGUCGCCACUACUCGGUCGGCGGCGACCGCGACCUUCGUCCUCCGCUCGGUCACCUCGUCUCACUCUCCGCGAACCCGGCGGCGCCGCCGACACCGGCGCCGGUGCGGACGCUGACACCGAUGCUGCCCCCGCUGCCUUCUUCCGACACGGACGAGGAGGAGAAGCGGACGACAACACGAAGCCGCCGGCGCCGGCGCCGGCGCGUCGUCAGCGGGCGGCGGUCAUUCUCCUCCUCCUCGGCGAAGGCCCCGGCGUCCGGCGCGCGCAUGGCGGGCGCGGUGCGCGUGCGCUCCCCUAGGCCUAGCGCCGCCGCGGCGGCGGUGUCGGAGCUGGAGCGGUUCGCGGUGGUGCGGCGGACGCGGGACCCGCAGCGCGCGUUCCGGGCGUCGAUGGUGGAGAUGAUCGCGAGCAAGCGCAUGGUGGGGCGUCCGGAGGAGCUGGAGACGCUGCUGGCGUGCUACCUGUCGCUCAACGCCGACGAGCACCACGACUGCAUCGUCAAGGUCUUCCGGCAGGUCUGGUUCGAGCUCAACAACACCAACACCUCCCAUGCCACCGCCGCCGCCGCCGCCGUCGCCGCGCCGCCGCAGCGCACCUGACUGGGCCUGCCGAGCUACCACCACCUACCGCCACGUCCAUGCAGGGAUCACGAAGGGAAGCGGCUCGAAAAUCCGCACCGCAGGUGUCGGCAUCCAUCAUGGCGUGUCCGGAGCCGACGUGGACGCUGAUUUCCACGCGUUUUUUUAGGCGUAGUACGUGCCGACGUGGCCUUUUCACGCGUGGCUGCGGAAAAGCUGUGGCCUGUUCCUGUGGGGGCGUACCUACCUGCACUUGCUUUUGAGGUGCUCUGUUGCUUGCGAGUUUGCGCGCACUGGACGACGGAAAUUCAUGUAGGUAGGUGCUGUAGUGCUCUGCUCAAGAACAACUGUUUCUUGAGUGUGUUUGCCAGCCCAUCUUCUCGGUGAAAUGCAUGGAACGAACAAAAAUAAGGCUAUCCGUUUCUUACACUUGGAUCCGUAUGCUCCACUCCUGUAAUUUGGCGGCAUGUAUCGCUUGCAAAAGAUUCCAAGGUCUCCAGUUUCUAGAAUUCAAAUAGCUGCUAACUUCUGGCUUU